AUGCCCCAAAUGUUGCGUCAGUCCGCACGUACGCCCACCCGUGAUCCCAUUUGUAUACCCGUCCACCUCUGCUUCGCCCAGCACGCGGAGGAACUGUCAACACGAUCAGCAUCAGCCAAUGGCGACAGUGGGAAUGACUCCCUCAUCGGAUGUGAAGACUGGCUGCCGUUGCUGCCUAGUCGGGCAUCUCGCCACGAUGGCGAUAGUGGUAGCGGCGACCACGGCGUGGGGGACGCGCAGAGGGGAAGAGGGGAGGGGGGGGACUUGUCUUCGAGCCGCAGACGGGGUGCCGCCGUCGUUCAAGCGCUCAGGGCUGUUCUUGAAGAGGCGCACAUACGGCAGGUGGUGAGGCUUGCUGGCAUGUACCUGGAGGGAAACAUGAACGAGGCGGAAUGGUACCACCGCACGGGGGCGAUUCUACCGACGGGUGUAUCGAUGGAAUUGCUGGUGAAGAUCGGCGCGGCACACCCGUCCGAUACCUUCCGCCGGAAGCAGGCUAAGGCUGCCAUCCAGGACUAUGCCGAGGAGGAGAGGAGCACAGCCGAGGGGGGGUAUUGGAUGGACAGAGGGAUCAAGGACGCCCUGGAUCUAAACGCGAGGAACCGGCUGACGGAGACCCCGCUCAUCCUUGGCGCGCAAAACGCCUCCAUCGAGGUGGUGGCGGCACUCCUGGAGGAGCCGGACACGGACAUCGUAGCCGUGAACGAGGAUGGGUGUACGGCCCUGGUGCUAGCGGCCAUGCUCGACAAGACCGAGGUUGUCAAGGUGCUCGUCGCGGCGUACGUCGCAAGGGGACAGGGGGUCGACCACCGAACGGUGAACGGCUUCUCCGCUCUCCACUGGGCCGUAGUGCGAGGAAACUCGGACAUAGCCGUGGAUCUGGUAGAUGCGGGGGCAGCGAUAAACACCGGGUACGUGCAAGGCAAGGCGACCACGCCGCCUCCGCCGAUCUCGAUCAGGGAUCCAUGCGGGGUUGCCGUUGACGGUCUGCCCUGGUUGACCGACUGCCGCCAUGCGUCUUGCCGCGCGGUCAUGGGCAUUGCUCGCCUGCUCCUCCCCCGUUGA